GCGGCGGCCCGUCUUCCGUGCAGGUGCGCUCCCGAGCAAGGCGUCACCCUCCCCCACCUGGAGGGGCUUCUGCUCUGGCCCUCGGCGGAGAUGCGGCUGCGCUCGGGCGUCUUCGCCUCUUCGUGCCUCCUGGUGCAGGCGCUCGGGGUCGGGCUCUUCCUCCGAGGGUUCUUCCCGGUGCCCGUGAGGUCGCUGUCUCGGCACGGGGCUUUCGCCGACCCGCCCCCGGAGCCGCCUCCCGCAGGAUUGUCCUCCAACUGGACCAAGAUUCCAUCCCCUCUCUUCAAAAAGGCCGUCAUAGUGUUAAUUGAUGCCUUGAGAGAUGACUUUGUUUUCAGUUCAAAAGGCAAGCAGUUUAUGCCCUAUACAACACAGCUGGUGGAAAGAGGAACAUCCCAUAGUUUUAUAGCAGAAGCAAAGCCACCUACAGUCACUAUGCCUCGUAUAAAAGCAUUAACAACUGGCAGCAUCCCAGGUUUCAUUGAUGUCAUCAUGAACCUCAAUUCUCCCGCCCUGCUAGAGGACAACUUGAUCUGGCGGGCCAAAGCCGCUGGGAAACGGAUCAUCUUCUAUGGCGACGACACUUGGGUGAGGCUGUUCCCAAAGCAGUUUGUGGAGUAUGAUGGAACAACGUCCUUUUUUGUCUCGGACUACACGGAGGUUGAUGACAAUGUCACUAGACACCUUGAUAAUGUGCUGAAAAGGGAAGACUGGGAUCUACUCAUCCUUCACUAUUUGGGGCUGGACCAUAUUGGUCACUUGAGUGGACCCCACAGCCCUUUGGUAGGGCCAAAGCUUUCUGAAAUGGAUAAUGUCAUCAAGAAGAUUCAUACUUCUCUCCUCUCCAAGGAGGAGGGAGAAGGGGUUUUGCCGUGUUUACUGGUUGUGUGUGGUGACCACGGAAUGUCUGAAACAGGAAGUCAUGGUGGUUCCUCAGAUGGUGAAGUGCACACACCCCUGCUUUUGAUCAGCUCCGGGUUUGACAAGAUAAGUGGUUCUGCCAAACCUCCAGAACGUGUUCAGCAAACUGAUUUAGCUGUCACCCUGGCAAUUGGGCUUGGCUUGCCUAUUUCAAGGAACAGUGUUGGGAAGCUGUUACUCCCUGUUGUGCAGCGAAAGACAAUGCGGGAACAGCUACGAUACUUGCAUUUAAAUGGCUUCCAGCUCAGCAGACUUCUCCAAGAGAAUAUGCCCACAUAUGAAAAAGAUCCUGGAUUUGAACAGUUUAAGAUGGCAGAGAAAUCUCAUGGAAAUUGGAUCAAGCUUUAUUUGGAGGGGAAUACUUCAGAAAUUCUCAUGAAUCUUGGCAAAAAAGUCCUUAAGCAAUAUUUGGAGGCUCUCAAGAUCCUGAGCUCUUCUUUAAGCGAGCAAGUGGCACAGUAUGACAUGUAUUCAAUGAUAGUGGGAACAGUGAUUGUUUUGGAGGUGCUGCUGUUACUCCUCCUGAGCAUCCCAAAAGCCCUGAGCAGCCGGGCAGAACUUGAACUGCCUCUUUCGCCGUUGUGUUCUCUGCUCUUCUAUUUGAUGUGCCUGCUGCUCUGCGCAGUUCAUGUGGUUGUGUGCACCUCAACAGAGAGCUUGUGUUAUUUCUGCAGCAUCUCGUGGCUAACAGCCAUUGGAGUGAUUGUGCUGAUGUCUGGCCUUCUGUGUGUCCUCCUUUCUGCUGUGGAAAAGGUGUUUGGGAAUCCUAGACACUCCACCAAGAAUCCAGCUGCCUCUGCUUCCAGCUGGUCUGAGUUGGAUAUACUCAUCCUGGCGGGCACUAUUGGCCACGUGUCAAGUCUGAGCGCUAGUAGCUUUAUUGAAGAAGAGCACCAAACGUGGUACUUUCUCAUCAACACCCUUUGCCUUGCCCUGUGUCAGGAGAUCUGCAGGCACUAUUUCUUGGCAAAAGAAUGUGAUUAUCAGCUUCCCUCUGCAGCCAGACCGAUUUCAGAAGAAGGGAAGGGAACAUCUUCCCAGCAUUGGAACGACGUAAGCCUAUUGCAGGAUGAUUUGAAAACGGGCAAGGCCACCUCCCCGGAAAACAUAAGCAGCUCAGAGAAGUGGAUGGCAUUGGUGACUCCGUGGAUCAUUCUUGUUUGCUGCCGGUUGCUUCGCUCCUUAAAUCAGACUGGCGUUCAGUGGGCUCAUAGGCCAGACUUUGGACACUGGUUGACAAGUUCUGAACAUAAAGCUGAACUUUCACUUCUGGCAUCUGUAUCCCUUGUUGCGAUCUUUAUCCUUGUUCAGUGGAGAUGUUCUCUGGUUUCUAAAAUAGCGAUGGCACUUGGACUCUUGGGAGUGUACAGUUACCGGGCAGCCGUUGGAAAUGUGGAAUUUCCAUGGCAACAAGACAGCAAAGAUAUUUCAAAGGGCAUCAUCGAAGCACGUUUUGUUUAUGUCUUUGUUCUUGGCAUUAUUUUCUCGGGCACCAAAGACUUGCUCAAAUCUCAGGUUCUCUUGGCAGACACUAAAACUAAGUAUACUGGCUUAUGGGAAAUAUACAGCGGACUGGUGCUGCUUGCUGCCCUCCUGUUCAGGCCUCAUAACUUGCCAGUGUUGGUCUUUUGCUUGCUCAUCCAAGCCAUGAUGACAAAGUAUGUCUGGAAGCCACUGGAUUGUGAUGCUGCUCAAGUUACUAUAAUGCAUUACUGGUUUGGUCAAGCAUUCUUCUUUUUUCAGGGUAAUUCAAACAGCAUUGCCUCUGUGGAUAUUUCCGCUGGUUUUGUUGGACUGGACAACUAUGUAGAGAUCCCAGCCAUCAUCCUAACUGGAUUUGCCACAUACUCAGGACCUUUAUUGUGGGCCAUUCAUUUGCUGUGCUAUUUAAGUUCAGAAGUUAACAGGAAUCCUGGCGCAGUGGGCCAUGGCUGUUUCUGUUAUGCUCUGCUACGUUCCAUCCCAGUUACAGUCUACAUCAUCUUAGUUACUGGUUUCCGGUACCAUCUCUUCAUCUGGAGCGUCUUUUCACCAAAGCUUCUCUACGAAGGAGUGCAUGUGUUCAUCACAGCAGGCGUUUGUGCAUUCUUCACGGCGAUGGAUCAGAACCAUCUGCGUAAAGUCCAAGACCAUUAGACAGAAGGUGGCAUCAUUUCCAGCAAUGGACUGAAUUCCUCUAGUGUGGAAUGUGGAUUUUUGCCUUUUGGAUUGCACAGUGAACUUUAAAGAUCAGUCUAUUUUUAGCAAACAUGUUUUAUAGAUCAGCUGUGUUGCAAAGAGGCCAUCCUGAAGUACUGUUGCAGAGAUAACAGGGGCGAUCUCUCAAUUAGAAGUCUGAGAACAGAUUGUGAGAGCACAAACCCCUUUACUUUCCCAGCACCAGUUCUCAUGAUCCACCUUAAGCUUGGUCCAGCAUUAGAUCACUGUUGAUCUUAACUGUAGUGAAGACUUCUUUCUUAGUUAGGAUUCUUGAUCAGCAUCAGAAGCUACUUAAAGUCUAGGCCAAGGUGUGGCUUGGCUACCCUUACUUAAAACACAUAUCCACAUGGACCAUCUAACUAUAGUUAAGGUAAACAGUGAAAUUAGCUCUGGGGAGCAAAGAGAGAGCAUCCCGCAUCUGAUUGCAAUUGAGAGAUCACCUCUCUUGCAUCUGCAGCAGCCCCAGCUGGAUCUGGCUCUGAAUAUUGGAAUGGCAGAAGUCCUAAAGCCUCUUUGCUUUUUUUUUUUACUCCCUCAUGUAAUUUGUUAUUCCACAUCCAAUAGAAAUUUGACAGCCUCUAAUUGAUUUGGGAUGGCGGGCAUGUCUCUCUGUCACCAGGGUUGUAUCUCCUGACGUUUUAUUUCACUGUGGUUCCUCAUUUCUCAUUUCCUAAAUGUGGUGUCUCUUUAGUGACUGAAACGUUACAUCACCAGCAAAUCUUUUGGAAGACAAAUUUGUGGUCCUUCCUCAAAAGGCGAGAGUUGUGACUUAGCACCCCUUGUUUUUUCUUUACUUUUCAUGGUACAACAGGAGGGGAAAAAUCAGAAGAGGAACAGUAAGUCCACAUACAGAACCAACAUGUUGGUUUAACCUUUUAAAAAGUAUUCUGAGCAUGUGAGGCAGCAGCGUUCCCACAGUAUCUAUUUGAACUGAUUCAUAUAAAAUAGAGAAGUGCUAUUUUCUCAUGUGGAGAAAGGGUGUUAUUUUCAGUCCUACCCCUGUCAACACCUCUGUUCCCUGUAUUGUUCCCUUCAGAGCCACUUUACGUUGCAGUGCUUUCCGAAGCCUGUGGUUUAGCUUGGGGAAAGGUGUAGGGCAAGAACAAUACCCCUCAUGGUUCCAGAAGCAGAGGCUAGUUUUGGUGAGAUCGUGUCUCCAAAACAAUUCCUUGUUCUGAGAAUUAAAUAGGAAGAACUAAUUAGAAAUGCAUCCUCUCUUCCCAUCGCAAAACCAAGGCCCCUCAGGGUUAGGGUGAGUGAACAGUGCAUUUGUAAGAAGCCAGUCCCAAAACAAUUCAGUUUAUUUAUUUAUUUAUUAUAUUUUAAAAACUGCCCUAUAAAGAACAGGUACUCUCAAGGUGGUGUACAAAUAGCCAGGAUAUUAUAUAACAACAACAAAAUUGACAGAUAAAUGUAUUAAUAAUCAACAAAUAACAACAAAACAUAAUAAUAAAAACAUCUGGCAUAUCUUCUGUUAAAGGAAGACAGUUAAAUUAAAAUUAACCUCAAACUAGCCCUAGCCUCCUAAACUUGACUAACACAGCUCUGUACAACCAGAUCGUGUCUACAUCUGAAAGGCAAUAUAAUCCUGCUAUAAUCCAGAUAAUGGAUAGCCAGGCUUGUCAGACUUUUCAGAUUAUUAGUAUUUUCCAGCCGGUUUAUCCAACUGAAGAGCCUUUAACCCAAAGGUGGAAUGGCCACAGCAAUAUACUAGUACAGGACCCAAUUUAAGACUUAACUAUCCUGUCUCAUCUUGGUACAUUUCCACCCUCCAUUUCUUUUGAAACACUGUGAACAUAGUCUAACUAGAUGUUGUCAGUGGGAGGUUAUGGACACGUAUGAAUGUAACUUACAGAGUUUCCUGUAGCUUGAUUUGAUUAUUUUGUUUCUGCAAAUAGCAGUCAAAACAUAUUAAAGCUCUGGCAGAAAUAAGCAUUUGUCACAUCUGAAAAAGUAGAUGGGAUUCCUUAUGAGCAUUCAUGGAAUGCUUUGGAAGUAAAAAGCCUCUAAUUCCACUAUUUUUGACAGCUGAAUCUUGGCAUAGGAAUGUUAUGUAUUACAUAUGUAAUUAUAUAAAUUACCUUCCUGUUGGAGAAUGUCAGUACACUUGCAACUGACAACAAGCUUUGUGUAAAAUAAGAAAUACAGCGUCUAUGUUUUUUAAAAAGGAUUAUAUUUGUAUGCUCUUUCUGGUAACUGGUAUUCUCCUGAGUGAGAUCUUAUUUUCCUCUAUGGACCCGGUGAGGUGCCAUUUUUCCCUGUGACUCCCUUCAGUGAGGGGCAAGUGGGAGCUGGCAAAGAGCGCUCCCUUGAGGAAUCAUAACUCCUACUGUAUUCAUUGGUCUGUCUCAUCUGGGAAUGGACAGGAAGAGACAGCUGGUACCUAAACACAAGACCCUGGCUCACACUUCAUGUCCUGUGUUGUGCUGUCCAUGAAGUUGAUGGGGAGAAGAAUCAAAACUAGUUAACUCGUUAACUGGAUUUAUUUGCAUGUAGUGUUGAAGCACAUCUGAUAUAAUUUGGGCUUUGUUUAUGUUGUACAAAAAUGUGUCAUUUGUACAUGCCUUGUUGCAAGGGUGGCUACCUAAAGCUUUCCAGAUGUUGUCGGGCUCCCAGUUUCCACAGGACUUUAUCAUCAGCCAUCUGGGUUCAGAGUUCUGGGAAUUGAAAUCCAGAACAUCUGGAGUGCCAGAGGUUCCCCACCCCUGUCUUAUUGGGAUAUACUUGUUUCUCCUGAAUAGUUGAAGGCAAAUGCAUUCAGCACUUGUGAUUUACAGGGCCUUUUCAUCUAUAAAGAUAUGAAGAAGGAAUCCAAAAAAGGCUAACAGUGGCAUUUCCAGCCAUACAACUCAUAUUUUUAAAGGACUCCGUUUGGGCAGAAAUCCUGUUGCUUAGCAUAGAUAAAGGUAGAAUUUGCCCUUGACAUUUAGUCCAGUCGUGUCCGA